UAUCUCACACUCGUCACAGUGCUUCUCCCACUAAAAAAAAUCAUUCCUCCGGCGAACGUUCCCGGCAAAUCCAUGGCAUCCAUUGCUGCAGCAACGGCGCCGGCCUCGUUGGGUGUCUCAGAAAUGCUAGGAAACCCUUUGAAUUUCACCGGCACCGCCCGAUCAGCACCGACCGCGUCGAGCCCGGCGACAUUCAAGACCGUCGCACUCUUCAAGAAGAAGGUGGCAGCUCCACCUCCGAAAUCGAAGCCUGCCGCCGUCAAUCCGACUAACGAAGAGCUCGCCAAGUGGUACGGUCCCGAUCGGAGAAUUUUCCUACCAGAAGGACUCUUGGACCGAUCUGAAGUUCCCGAAUACCUGACUGGAGAAGUUCCCGGAGAUUAUGGGUAUGAUCCCUUUGGGCUCAGCAAGAAACCUGAAGAUUUCAGCAAGUAUCAAGCUUAUGAGCUCAUCCAUGCAAGGUGGGCCAUGCUCGGUGCUGCCGGUUUUAUCAUCCCGGAGGCCUUCAACAAAUUCGGCGCUAACUGCGGCCCAGAGGCAGUCUGGUUCAAGACCGGAGCUCUUCUCCUCGAUGGGAACACGUUGAAUUACUUUGGAAAGAAUAUUCCGAUCAAUCUCGUCGUUGCCGUCAUUGCAGAAAUCGUCCUCCUUGGUGGUGCCGAAUAUUAUAGACUUACCAAUGGGCUGGAUUUGGAGAAUAAGCUUCACCCAGGUGGGCCAUUCGAUCCGCUAGGUCUUGCGAAUGACCCCGACCAAGCCGCAUUGCUGAAGGUGAAGGAGAUCAAGAAUGGAAGACUGGCCAUGUUCGCAAUGCUUGGUUUCUUCAUCCAAGCUUAUGUUACAGGCGAAGGGCCAGUUGAGAACCUUGCUAAGCAUCUAAGCGAUCCUUUCGGGAACAACUUGCUCACUGUGAUCGGUGGAUCCAUCGAACGGGCUCCCACCCUGUAAUUUUCCAAGUGUCCCAAGAUUCAUGUACUGUACAUUUGAUGAGAUCUCUCAAGCCUCUCUAAAAUCUGUGAUUUGGGUCGCUUAAUCUAAUCCGAAUGCUUAAGAUUUAA